AUGAACCCCGUUCAUCUUGUUCGUUUCGAGCGUCUCGAGCGAGUGAUAGAGGAAGGGCCAGCUUUGGGUGAGGGUUUUAAAUCAGAUAACAAGCUCGAAGUUCCGGAGGUGCAGAAUCGGCCAGCAACUCAAGUGCAGGUGGCCAAGAAACUCCAAGGAAUGGUGAACAAUAGGAGGACUCUGGGGCCAGAGCACCCAUCAACUGUAGAAAGCAUGAACAAACUUGUGUCAACUUAUUGGCAGCGGAACCAAUGGCAGGAGGCCGCGAAACUUUUAGAGCAAGUGCUGGCGGUUAGAGAUGCGAAGCUCAGCGAGUACCAUCCCCCUACACAGGCAAACAUGCGCAACAUGAUGUGGUCACACAGGAGGCAGGGGAGGUGA